AUGUUAGUUGAUAUGCAGAAACAGAUGCAGCAUAGGGAUGCGCAAAUUGAUUCGAUUCUAGCUCAUAAUAAAAUCAUGGACAAUCAAAUUGCGCAACUGUCCUCUGCUCUACAAACUCGCCAGCAGGGAGCCCUACCAUCGCAGCCAGUACAACCUACAGAUCACGUGAAUGCAAUUACUCUGAGAAGUGGUUCAAGAUACGAUGGGCCUUCUAUGCCCAAAGAUGAUGAACCUACCAUUACAAAUAGUGCUAAUCCUGAUUCUGUUAUACCAAAUACUGUUGUUACUAGGCCUGCAGGGCUCCAGGGUAAAACUAACAUUUCUGAUGAUACAUUGCAGGGUAUAACUCCAAAGAAGGAUAAAAAUCAAGACAAGAGUGGAGAUGUACAGAAACCAGUUAUCAAACUACCAUUUCCUAAUAGACAUCUUAAGAGUAAGCUAGAUAAGCAGUUUGGUAAGUUUCUGGAGGUUGUCAAGAAUUUGCAGGAUGACGGGUCUCUAGGCUCCCUGAAUGGGGAUCAGAAGACAGCAAGAGAGUGCUAUCUCUCAGAUGUCAAGCCCACAGUAGCCGCAGCUGGCCAAAGCGAGGAACCAAUAGACCUUGAUGAACUCAAGGAAGUCGUGCCUGCUCCAAUAGCAGCCAGCAAAAAGAGAAAGGCCGAGCAGUUAGUGGCCAUCAAAAAAGAGAAGUAA